AUGAGAGAGUCAGAAUGUGCCCCCCAGUCGAGCCCGGAAUGUGAAGAGGUUUCCAGCACCAUUGCUUCUGCUGGCUGCGGACAUGGACUCGUGCUGUCUGCUCGCUCGAGCAGACUCCCAAACAUUGGACUUUUAGCGACUAUCGGUAUUCGCUGUCGCGAGGAUCCUUCAGAUGAGAUCAAAAUUGUUCCCCUGCGACGGGUGAAUACAAUCGAAGCGUUCCGCACAGCGGCCCGCAAGCUGUUCUUCCGAACAAGAAGCAUGAACUACGUUAGGGUCUAUAUCGAAGGCCAGGUAGUCGCUGACGAGUACUGGCUCGAUCUGCUUCGCGUUGGUCGCGUCUACGUAGUCUCAUUCGUUCCUGCUAUCAGGGUUCUCUUUUCACCAAGAUUCAAACCAGGAGCGCCUCGAAGUUCAAUGAUCAAAGUACCUUACAAGAUGUCGGUCUGGGAGCUCCGAGGUAGAAUCCAUUCAUACAUCAGCCAGCGAGAUGAGGCACCACCUAUCGAACAGCUGACCCUAUUAAAUACAUUCGAUAAGAAUGCUGACGAGAGGAGCAUUGUCAUGGAGGAUAUGGAAAUGCUUUCAGCACAUGUUACGCUCGCAGAAGGAAUUUGCUAUAUUGCAACUUUCUGGAAGGAUAUGCCUCAACAGAAUCUUGACAAGGCCCAGUGGUUUUCUGGAAAUCCGCACGGCGUUGAGGAUGUCGAUCAAGCUCAGACCAAACGUCCAGCAUCUCCAUGCCUCUAG